CUCGUUCUUCCUAAUCGGCGCAGUUGGAACGACUCCGUGAAAGCCGGGUGGACCGCUGACUAGGCUACAAAGGCAAACCAAACCCCAUUUUCGCCUUGAACUUAUGAAUAUACCUUUCACUGGACGACUAAGAAGAUUAUGGUUAUAGUUUAAAAAAAAAAAUGGCACAGAACAAUAAUACGCUGUUACAUCUCUUUGCUGGGGGAUGCAGCGGUACGGUGGGGGCCAUCGUGACCUGUCCCCUGGAGGUUCUGAAGACCCGGUUGCAGUCGUCAGGUCUCUCGCUCCGGACCGUGUUCCAUGUCCAACUGGGCUCAGUCAGCGGUACUGGGGUCAUCAGGCCCAGUUCGGCCACUGUCACACCACCUGGCCUGCUUCAGGUCUUACGGUCGAUUCUAGAAAAGGAGGGACCGCGGUCGCUUUUCCGUGGGCUCGGCCCCAAUCUGGUCGGUGUGGCCCCAUCAAGGGCGAUCUAUUUUGCCGCCUACAAAAAGUCCAAAGAGACGUUCAACGGCAUCUUUGUGCCCAACAGUGGGCUGGUGCACAUGUCUUCGGCCGGCUUUGCAGCCUUCGUUACGAACUCACUCAUGAACCCCGUCUGGAUGGUGAAGACCAGGAUGCAGCUGGAGAGGAAGGCCCGAGGGGAGAAGAAGAUGAACGCCCUGCAGUGCGCACGUUACGUUUACAGCACCGAGGGGAUGCGGGGUUUCUACCGGGGCCUGACGGCGUCAUACGCCGGCAUCUCCGAGACCAUGAUCUGCUUCCUGAUCUACGAGACGCUGAAGAAGCGGCUGAACGAGGGGCGCUUCACCUCGCGAAACGGCGAGACGGAGAAGGGAGCGUCCGACUUCCUGGGCCUGAUGAUGGCCGCAGCUUUCUCCAAGGGCUGUGCUUCCUGCAUAGCCUACCCACACGAGGUGAUCCGAACAAGACUCCGAGAAGAGGGCAGCAAGUACAGGUACUUCUUCCAGACGGCGCGGCUGGUUGCGGUGGAGGAGGGCUACGCCGCCUUCUACCGAGGACUCGUCCCACAGCUCAUCCGUCAGAUCCCCAACACCGCCAUCGUCCUCUCCACCUACGAACUCAUCGUCCACCUGAUGGGAGACUCCUCCCACUGAUGGACGGCGGCCGCCGUCGGGUGACUUUGACGACAUGGCGGCCAGGGUGUUGGGGGGGGGGGGGGUCCGCCCAGCCGUUUAUGUAGCUACACCGUUACCCUCCCUGUGGCACAUUGGCCAGCGAGGGGACAAUUGGGGAAUUUGGGGAAGGAGGUGAACUUUUAUUGCGGACAGACCGACUGACUCUAGUCACCGUUGAGGGAAUCUGAAGGCAGGUUUUACUGUCGUUCAGAGUCCUGAAACUGCUCAAGUUACAUCCCAAAUGGCUCCCUGUCCUCUGUUUAGUGAGUCUUUUACUUUGUUGGGAGCAGUGUACCAUUCAGAAACGGAAGCAUGCAAUGUUGUUUAGGUGCUCAGACGAAUUUACCCUCUCGAGAGAGUUGUUGAACUUACGAACGAACUCUUGCCCGGGUGCCCAGAUGUGUUAGUGACGUCUUUCUUAACUACCUUGCUGUCAUUCUUAGUGAUGAGUUGGGAAGAAAGCACAAACCAAUCAGGGACACGGGAUUGGACAACUACAGAUGUGAGAGAUUCCAUACAAAGUAGAGGUCAUCGGAGUAGAAGAGUACUGUUAAGUUAAACUAAAUUAUUUUGUAUUGUUUUCAAUGUUAUUUGUCAGAUUCUGUUUCUCUGAUACUUUUGAGUGGUUCACGCUCAAAGAUCUGUCAAUGUCUUUGCCUACGGUUGAUUUCAUUUCACAUUCAUGAAGGGGGUGUAAGGUAAAGGCCUGGCUAGAAUUGUUCCUGGCUUGCCUAUAAAGGUACCAUGAAGGCACACUGUUCAUCAAGACAGUUCCUUCUGCUCUGCUUUAUUCAUUCACUAGCACAUGGUGAUUUUUGAGGUGUGAUUGAAUUAUCGCUGAGUAAUGAUUCUUUUUUUUCCAUGAUGACAAACAGGUUUAUCUGUGUAUUGUGUUUGUUAAAGAACAUGGUCAUCUUUUACAGUAACAUGACAACGGGAAUGCUUAUUUCACCAGUGGCUCAAUAAAAUCUCCUCAAGUGUG